AUUUGGCCUCCUCGUUGCUUUUUUGCUUCAAAAUGGCUAAAGAAAACAACGAUGACUAUCGAAAAUAUAAAACCCCUCUAGUGUCAAGAUAUGCCAGCAAGGAAAUGGUUUAUAAUUUCAGUGACUUCAAGAAAUUCUCAACUUGGAGACGUCUUUGGUUUUACCUGGCACAGGCAGAAAAGACAUUAGGAUUAUCAAUAACUGAUGAACAAAUCUGUGAAAUGAAAGAUAAUUUAGAAAAUAUAGAUUUUGAUGCUGCUGCCAUAGAAGAAAGAAAAACCCGUCAUGAUGUGAUGGCGCAUGUUCAUGUUUUUGGAAGUUGUUGUCCUUUGGCUGCAGGAGUUAUACAUUUAGGUGCUACAUCGGCCUAUGUUGGAGACAAUACGGAUAUAAUAGUUAUGAGGGAUGCAUUUGAUAUUCUCCUACCAAAGCUAGCAAGGUGCAUUCAGAGAUUAUCAAGUUUUGCAGAAGACAAUAAAGAUAUACCAUGUUUAUCAUACACUCAUUUACAACCAGCUCAAUUGAGUACUGUUGGUAAGAGAGCAUGUAUCUGGAUACAGGAUUUAUUGAUGGAUUUACGUAAUAUAGAACGAGCAAGAAAUGAUUUACGAUUCCGAGGUGUAAAAGGAACAACUGGUACUCAAGCAAGUUUUUUAGCUUUAUUUGAUGGCGAUGAAGAAAAGGUUUAUAAAUUAGAUGACUUGGUAACAGAAUCUGCAGGAUUUAAGAGUCACUUUUUGAUAUGUGGUCAAACCUACACACGUAAAGUUGAUGUUGAUUGUUUAAAUACACUGGCUAGUCUUGGUUCAUCAGUUCACAAGAUUUGCUCUGAUAUACGAAUUCUAGCUAAUUUCAAAGAAAUAGAAGAACCAUUUGAAAAAGAUCAGAUAGGUUCUAGUGCCAUGCCAUAUAAAAGAAAUCCUAUGAGAAGUGAAAGAUGCUGUGCUUUAGCUAGACAUUUAAUUUGUUUAAUACAAGACCCUUUGAUGACACAAUCUGUUCAAUGGAUGGAAAGAACAUUAGAUGACAGUGCAAAUAGGAGAAUUUCAAUUGCUGAAGCAUUUUUAUCAGCAGAUUCACUUCUAGGAACUUUACAAAAUGUAUUUGAAGGACUGGUUGUUUAUCCAAAGGUUAUUGAAAGAAGAAUUAAACAAGAAUUACCCUUUAUGGCAACAGAGAAUAUUAUAAUGGCCAUUGUAAAGGCAGGUGGAAAUAGACAGGAAUGUCAUGAGGAGAUCCGUGUAUUAUCACAUGAGGCUGGUAUGGUUGUAAAACAACAAGGUUUAGAUAAUGAUUUAGUAGAAAGAAUUAAAAAAUCUGAUUAUUUUAAACCUAUACACAACCAAUUAGAGAAAUUACUAGAUCCAACAACUUUUAUAGGACUAGCACCAAAACAGGUUAGUCAGUUUAUUUCAUCAGAAGUAAAGCCAGCUAUAAGUUCGUAUUCUAAUCAAAUGGAAGGGAAAUCUGAAUUAUUACUUUAAUAUUAAAAUACUGUCACCACAGUGCUAUACCAACAAAAACUCUGAUAGAUCUGUAUCAUCUUGGUGUUAUAGUAUGACUAACUUACAAAACUUAUUUCCAUUGAGGUGUAUACCUACUUGUACAAAAGUAUUAAAGAUGCCUUCCUGCGUACAAACUGUGUGAUUUGAUGAUAAUUUGGACUUAAAACAUAUACCGGUACAAACUAAUUUAUCUAUCAAAAGUUUGCUUCAAAUGGCUCUCAAAGCAUUUUUAAUCAGAAGAAAACUACCCCAUGCCACAAUAAUCUAUUCUAAGAAGCCUUUCUUGUAACAUGGCUUGAAUGAGGGAAAACUCGUUGAAUUUCUCGUUAUUGGCUGUCCAAUUACCAUAAAUAUCAAAGCCUAUGUAAAUUUUUAGAUUAUCCGCUGACAACUUUUUUUUCCACCGUUAUCAGAGUCUACUGGAUAUUUAAGAGUCUCAGUGUUCUCACAGUUAGUAAGAUUGAAUGUCUCUCCUUUCCAUAUUAUACUUUUAUUGAAAAUAACAACCCUGUAAAUACUUUUGUUGGAAUGUAUCUUUAAGACAAUAAAUUAUUACUGUGUAACUAAAAAUAUAACCAAAAUUCCAUAUAAUAUCACCAUUUUAAGACAAUUUAGAUGAACUGCCAAACUCUAGAAGACUAUAUUAGUAAUUUUUGUUUGUUUAUAUAUUUGUGUUCCGGUAAAUAUAUAUUUGUGAUAGA